AUGGGGAAAAGCUUGCCCUCUUCAACUGUGUACCGCGUGGCCUCUUGGCAGGCGCCUUCUGGGGCUUUGACUGGUGGUAGAUGGAAGUGCACAUGCCACCGGCGCUGGGGAAAACGCGGCGUGUUGAGCGCCUUGACAUUUCUCGUGGCGUUUUUUUGCCAUGACUUGCUCUGGAUUCCGCAGCCUGCGGGUAGGGAUCCGUGGAGCCCGCAGACAUCAUCAUGGAGGCUUGUUGCAUGGGGAGCAGAGGCAACUUCCGGCUAUGACGGCCGUUUUCUGGGUCCACAGAUUACGGCUGAUGUGCUGAAGCAAAGGACCUCUGUGAAGACCCAAGAUAAGCAACCCAUCAUUGAUGAUGAACUUUUAGAAGAUGAGGAACCCCUUGAGAUUUGGGGUGAUAUAGACGACAGACGGAUGUUCUUCUCCAGGACGUCCUACCCGUGUGCAGCUGCUUUGCGCCAAGCUUUUAACGCAGCGUUGCGCUUGUUGGUGGACCGAGGGGUGCGCAACAAGCUGCUUCUAAAAUACAUGCUACCGCUUUCUUUUGCUGUGGAGUUGCAAGGGGCAAUACCAGCGUGGCCUAAGCUACAGGACCUGCAUGAACAAGAUUUACUGCGCGACGUCUUGGAGGGGCGCGUGCUGCGGGUGGCCACGGUGGCACGGGGGCCCUCCCAGGCCCCUAAGACUUCAUCCUUUGAUGAAAGCUUCCUUCGAGAGAUCGUAGAUGAGAUCGACAUGCACUAUUCAGGGGCGGAGGGCCCGCCGGAGUUUAACGAAAAGCAGCCCGCAAUGCCCAUACAGAUACAGUACGUGGUGAAGGCCUCUACAGCAGUGGCAUUGCAGGCCUUAGACGCGGGCCAGGCCCACAUGACUGAUAUCAACAUGGUUUUGAGCCACAACCCCUUCAACGGCGUCACCGUGUCUUCGCGGUAUAGCCGGUCCGAUCAGGUCAUGACGCAGUCCACUAUUGUAAUUGUCAAGAGCGAAACGAACAUCGCAAGUCUGUGGGCCUUGAGAGAGAGUAUUUUGUUCUCUUUUGAUCAGGAGAGCCGCACUGUGGUGGUUGACGGAGCGUGGAACCAUCAAAGCCUCGCCCGUGUUUUGCCUCCUUUCACAAUUUAUGAGGUUCUCUCGGAUGGUGUGCCGGGAUCCCACUUGGUAGACGUGCUUAUCGAUGAAGAAGCCAUUGCGGCUACAGCCCAGCGGCCUCUACUCUGGCUACACCAAGGGCUGCGCCAGUUCGCAGCCGGUGCUACUUAUGCCACGGGGGCCCUCUUCCUAAUGGACCGACAUUCUAGCAGAUGCUCCUCUACAGCGAGCACAAAACGAGCUGCAGCUGCCGCCUCUACCCUAUCCUCAUCUAGGUUGGCGGAAGACCCGGCGCUAUCUUCCGUAAGAAAGGAAUUGACAAAGAAGAGCUCUAGCUUAAACAGCUAUCAGAAAUUCAGCAUGGGCAGAGAAAACCGAAUGUGGGGACGUGUCCAAGGCAGUGAUACCCCCGUCGGCUUCACGGAACACGAAGACUCGUAUCCGGCUACUCCAGGUCCCUGGAGCAGUGAGCCUGCUGCCCGUUUCAAUGAAAUGGAACUUUUUGAAAGUUUACGCAUGGAUGCGAGAGAGCCACUAGCCUCUGGUCGGCGAUACCUCAGUACCCGUGCACUGCAGGAUGCGUACAAUGCAGCGCUCGUGUUGCUUAUGCGGAAAGCGGUACUGGAGAAUAUCAUUGAGGAGCUGCAGGAAAUCAAUGUUGUGCCUUUCUUCGAUUGCGGGGGCACUCUUCCAGGCUCUGUAGCCCGGAACUUUCCUUUGCUGCAACGAAUAUCCCCUGAUGACGCUCUCAUGGACAUAUUGCAGACUGGCGUGGUUCUCGUUGGCAUGCCCAUGGACAACAAGACCUCCGCAUCGAGCCCAGAGGUAUUGUACGCGCAACGCGCCAUGGUAGAGGUGGUGGCAACGAUUGGAAAUGAAUAUCAUGUGACCCUGGAGACCCGGUUCAUACGGUUUCCCAGCGCCGAGCGUGUUCUUAGGGCACUUCACAAGGGGUUGAUACAUUUUGCUGAUGCCAGGGUGUUAUUUGAAUACAUUAGUCCUUGGGCACGCCUGGAGUAUCGCGUGCGACCCACCUGUGCGUUGGGGGCUUCCCGUCUAUGGAUGGUGACACAGAACAAAGACGGCCUGGCAUCGCUGGAGGAGCUUCACCAAACAUUCGAGACGAGUAGUGAUCCAAGUGAGUGCUGCGUUGCUGUAGUGGACCCUCAGCUGCAGAAUACUGUUGCGGGGGUGCUGCCCGAGGGAGUCACCGUAAUAGUGAUGUCUGUGGAGGAGGCUGCUGAGGCCUUACUGGCCCACACCGUCACAGCCGUCUUCGGAAUGGCUACUCAGCAGCGCCGCCUUAUGCGGUCCCUUUUGAACAUAGAUAGACGAACCGAGAAGGACGAACGUGGUUCAGAGAAGCUGCCUGAGGAUGCGCCUCCUGACUCCAACACAAAGGGAGACUCCCCACUGCCCACGCCACAAUCUGAGGGCCCGAUAGUCAGCUCGGCUGAUGGUGGGAGCACCCCCGUUGAUUACCUUGAGCCGAUCUUCGUCAACGGGUGGCCGAAGGAUGAGCGAGCAGUACUGUCGUCGGAAGUCCCAACUCCACAAAGCCAUACAGAAGACAUUUUCCAGGAGCUGAUGAAAGCGGAGGGAUUGCCCCUGGAUACUGCGGAAGGAUCUCAACAAACUGCCGCCUCUUGGAUCGAGGUGGACACAGGCAUCACUGCUGUUAUGCACUCCUUCUUGUCCGCCUCAUUAAGGCCUCCGCGGCAAGCCUAA